CGGGGCGGGGCAGCGCGGCGGCCGCCAAUCGCCGUGGUGUUGUUGAAACUGAAAAUACUACAUUAUGCUAAUCGCGGCCGGGCCCGCGCGCACGGGGGUGGGGCCCGCGCGUAUAAAGGGGGCGCAGGCGGGCUGGGCGUUCCACAGGCCAAGUGCGCUGUGCUCGAGGGGUGCCGGCCAGGCCUGAGCGAGCGAGCUAGCCAGCAGGCAUCGAGGGGGCGCGGCUGCCGUCCAGACGAGACAGGCGAACCCGACGCAGAAGAGUCCACCACCGGACAGCCAGGUAGCCGCCGCGUCCCUCGCACACGCAGAGUCGGGCGGCGCGGGGUCUCCCUUGCGCCCGGCCUCCGCCCUCUCCUCCUCUCCUUUCCCCUUCUUCUCGCUGUCCUCUCCUCUCUCGCUGCCCGCGUUUGCGCAGCCCCGGGCCAUGUCCGACGCGUCCCUCCGCAGCACAUCCACGAUGGAGCGUCUUGUCGCCCGUGGGACCUUCCCAGUACUUGUGCGCACCAGCGCCUGCCGCAGCCUCUUCGGGCCGGUGGACCACGAGGAGCUGAGCCGCGAGCUGCAGGCCCGCCUGGCCGAGCUGAAUGCCGAGGACCAGAACCGCUGGGAUUACGACUUCCAGCAGGACAUGCCGCUGCGGGGCCCUGGACGCCUGCAGUGGACCGAAGUGGACAGCGACUCGGUGCCCGCGUUCUACCGCGAGACGGUGCAGGUGGGGCGCUGCCGCCUGCUGCUGGCGCCGCGGCCCGUCGCGGUCGCGGUGGCUGUCAGCCCGCCCCUCGAGCCGGCCGCUGAGUCCCUCGACGGCCUCGAGGAGGCGCCGGAGCAGCUGCCUAGUGUCCCGGUCCCGGCCCCGGCGUCCACCCCGCCCCCAGCCCCGGUCCUGGCUCCAGCCCCGGCCCCGGCUCCGGCUCCGGUCGCGGCUCCGGUCGCGGUCGCGGUCCUGGCCCCGGCCCCGGCCCCGGCUCCGGCUCCGGCCCCGGCUCCAGUCGCGGCCCCGGCCCCAGCCCCGGCCCCGGCCCCGGCCCCGGCCCCCGCCCCGGCCCCGGCCCCGGACGCGGCGCCUCAAGAGAGCGCCGAGCAGGGCGCGAACCAGGGGCAGCGCGGCCAGGAGCCUCUCGCUGACCAGCUGCACUCGGGGAUUUCGGGACGUCCCGCGGCCGGCACCGCGGCCGCCAGCGCCAACGGCGCGGCGAUCAAGAAGCUGUCCGGGCCUCUGAUCUCCGAUUUCUUCGCCAAGCGCAAGAGAUCAGCGCCUGAGAAGUCGUCGGGCGAUGUCCCCGCGCCGUGUCCCUCUCCAAGCGCCGCCCCUGGCGUGGGCUCGGUGGAGCAGACCCCGCGCAAGAGGCUGCGGUGAGCCAACACUGAAUAAUAUUCCGCUGACCGGAUGCACCACAGUUUGUUUACCCACUCACCUCCUGAAGGCUUCCAGGUUUGGGCAAUUAUGAAUAAAGCCGCUAUCAACAUCCACGUGCAAGUUUUUGUGUGGAUGCAAGUUUUCGACUCAUCUGGGCAAAUACCAAGGGGCACAAUUGCUGGAUGGUGUGUGGCGGAUCAUAUGUGAAGGAUACAUUUAGUUUUGAUUUAGUUUUGUAAGGAGCCACCAAACCAUCUUCCAAAGUGGCUGCACCAUUUGUGUUCCCACCGCAGCUCCUGUUAAAGCGCAGCGUGGAGAGUUCCUGUUUCUCAUCUGUGUACCACACCCACCACCAAUUUCAGAUGAAUUAAAAAACAGAAACCCUACUACAAUGUGGACACAACAAGGACAAGGCAUAAUUCCAAACGAACACUGAUGACCGUGGCUUGAUCUCAGGGCCCCGGCUGGUUCGGCCUGGCUCGGGAUGAAGAGCCUGGGCCCUUGGCCGUUCUUCCUCCAGCUGGCCCUGUAAUGAAUUGCAUGUUUUCCAAAUAUCUGCCUCCCCAAAUGCAGGAAGAUUCUGCAUUUCCCGCAUGUCAAUAUCAGACGUGGCCAUGUAACUUGCUCUGGGCAGUGAAACGUGACCCACUUGGCAUGUACCAUUGCCGAAUGGAGCCUGUCAAAGCCAGCGUCCUGCCGUUUCAUCCCUCUGCUGUGAGACAAAUGAGACCUCAGACAGGGGCUGCCCUUUCCAAAAGAGAAAACGCAGUACAACCCCAGCCCUCCAGCGAAGGGACUGUCAUGGUGAGUGAGAGAUCCUCCAUGCUUGAUGGACGCUGCCAAGAGCUUUGGGCCUGUUUGUUACGCAGCAUAAGUUUCAUAAAGCAGAUCCCUGGCUGAGCACAGUGGGUGAUGCCUGUAAUCCCAGCACUUUGGGAGGUUGAGGUAGAAGGACUGCUUGAGCCCAGGAGUUGGAGACCAGCCUGGGCAACAUAGCGAAACCCUGUCUCUGCUGAAAAAAACCAACAACAGAAAAAGCAGAUCCCAGACACCGCAUUCCCCCAAAUGCGAAUUCUUCCUCCGUGCAACUCACGCAAGUUUCAUUCUUACAAAUGCAACGUGGACAGGAAGAUACAGCGUGGGUUCUUUCCCAUCUUCAGUGUGGUGCACAUCAGCUUUGCCCUGGAAAGUGUCCCUUUCCACUCAUUCUAGAACGACAAUGCUAGCUCCCAGGGAAGGCCCUGGGCUUUGCUUGAAAAUGACACAAAACCACUGCUGGCCUCAUGCCACCAUCCGGCCAAGUGUCUUAAGAGACCAUGUACCUGGGACAAGUCCAGGACAUCCUGCGUCCAGUGUCACACUUGGUGGACGGUCCCUGCAUGUAGGGGACAUCCCAUGUUCACGUUGAAAUCCUGACGGGUCAAUAUUUGCUGCUUUGUGGAUCCUCUUGUGAACCACUGAUCCAUUUUUGGGAGCUGAAAUAGUAAUCCAAGUGGAAAGGCCACACACGCACACGAUAAUGCACAGACACUGGGAGCCAGGCCAGCUGGGUCCGCGGUCUUAGCCACGCGGACUUGCAUUUGGGAACACUACAAUCUUCACUCCUAUGGUCUGCGUGAACAAAAACCACUUAUCCCCCUUCCCUUUGACACUGUCAUCUGCCUGUGGCUACCUUCGGCAUGGUCCAAUCCUUUGGGGGUGCCCCUGGCCAACCAUUGGGUGGUACUGGGGUCUGUGGGCAGGGGUUCAAGUCAGAGGGUGGUUGCCUGGUGGGCCACAUGCAGGAAACACACAGGGAGUUUGCACAGGCCCAGCUCAUCCUUAGGCGACUGGAGCCCAGCUUGGAGCAGGUGGGGUGUUGGUUUAGGGUCUGCACUGGUGCUGUCUUUCUGAUUGUCUCCAAUUUGGGACUUCCUCCGUCUUGCUGGGGUCUGACUUCCCCUCACUGGUCCCUCUAAGGAGUGGGGCCUGUCUAGGGUGCAGAAGCCUCUCUGGGCCUCAAUUUUCCCUCACUGAAAGGAGAACAUAGGAUCAGAGUCUCUGAGGGCCCAUCUAGCUCGAAUGUUCCUUGAGUGCUUGAACGAAGCUUGCCCAUGGUUUGAGAUUUGUCCCAGAACCCCUUUUGGUUCCUUUAGACCCUUCUGCUCUAGCUGGGUGCUGAUUCCAUCCCUGUAGCCUGGCCUACAUGCAGGCCUGGAGGACCUUAAUUGGUCUGUCUGUGUAGGAGGGAGCCCCGGUCCCCACCCCCCAGUGCUCUGGGGGCUAUUAAUUUUAAUGGUCAUAUAGUCACAUGGGUUUUUAUCAUGCAGCCCCAGCACUUCACUCUCAGUCCUGGGAAAAAGCACGUGGUCUGGACAACAGGGCCUUACACCUGAGGGCUGUGCUGAAGCCGGAAUUGCAGAGGGAGAAGUAAGGACACCUGAGACCUGGUGCUGGGUUUGACUAUGUCUCCUCCAGAAUUCGUGUCUGAAACUUACUGGCCAAUGUGAUAGUAUUAAUGUAAGUGGGAAGCUGGGCCCAGUAGCUCAAGCCUGUGAUCUCAGCACUUUGGGAGGCUGAGGUGAGUGGAUUGCUUGAGCCCAGGAUUUUCAGACCAGCCUGGGUAACGUAGGGAGAACUUUUCUCUACAAAAAAAGAAAUAUUAGCCAGGUGUGGUGGUGCGUGCUAGUCAGGAGGCUGAGAUGGGAGGAUCACUCAAGCCUGGGAGGUGGAGGUUGCAGUGAGCCAUGACCGUGCCACUGUACCACAGCCUGGUUGACAGAGCCAGAGAGCCAGAUCCUGUCAAAAAAAAAAAAAAAAGGGCCGGGCACAGUGGCUCAUGCCUGUAAUCCUAGCACUUUGGGAGGUCGAAGUGGGCAGAUCACCUGAUGUCCGGAGUUUGAGACCAGCCUGGCCAACAUGGUGAAACCCCAUCUCUACUAAAAAUACAAAAAUUAACUGGGCAUGGUGGUGGGCACCUGUUAUCCUAGGUACUUGGAAGGCUGAGGCACGGAGAACUGCUUGAACCCAGGAGGUGGAGGUUGCAGUGAGCUGAGAUGGUACCACUGUAUUCCAGCCUGGGCAACAGAGCAAGACUGUGUCUCACAAAAAAAAAAGAAAAAAAAAAAAAGAAAGAAAUAGGGCUUUUAGGAGGUAAUUAAGCCUGAGGGUUCCUCCCUCUGAGUGAGAUUAAGGCUUUUAUAAAAGAGGCUUCCCAAAGCAUUCGCUUCACUUACAACACAGUGCCAUCUUGGAAGUAGAGAGCCCUCACCAGACCCUGAUUGCACUGGCGCCUUGAUCUUGGACUUCCCAGCCUCCAGAACUGUGAGAAAUACAUUUCUGUUAUUUAUAAAUCACCCAGUCUCGUGGAUCACCUGAGGUCAGGAGUUCAAGACCAGCCUGACCAACAUGGAGAAACCCCAUCUCUACUAAAACUAGAAAAUUAGCUAGGCGCAGUGGCUCACACCUGUAAUCCCAGCAUUUUGGGAAGCCAAGGUGGGUGGAUUACCUGAGGUCAGGAGUUCGAGACCAGCCUGACAAACAUGGAGAAACCUCAUCUCUACUAAAAAUACAAAAUUAGCCGGGUGUGGUGGCACAUGCCUGUAAUCCCAGCUACUCAGGAGGCUGAGGCAGGAGAAUUGCUUGAACCUGGGAGGCAGAGGUUGCAGUGAGCCAAGAUCGUGCCAUCACACUCCAAUCUGGGCAGCAAGAGCAAAACCCCAUCUCAAAACAUAAAUAAAUAAAA